AUGAUGUCUAGUAAUGAUAAUUCGUCUUCUUCCGUAAUUAAUCAAGACAUUCCAAGCAGUUCUCAAGAGGGUUAUCUUACAGAAAACACGAUAGAUCAACAAAUUUUCAGGUCUAUUGCAGAUGUUUUCCAAAAGGCACAAUUAACUUAUGCUGGGCAUAGAAAACAUGUUGCCAUUUUAAGAAAAAUACAGAUGAAAGCUUACCAACAAAAUUAUGAUGAGAUUUUUAAUCUGUGGUUUUGUAAAAUGAUCUCAAAGGUUUUACUUAUAAAAAAGACGGAUCCUUUGGGUGACAGAAUCGUUAGAUUAGUGGCGGGAUUUAUAGCUAGCUGGGAAAAGCAUGUUAUAAAAGUAAAUGAAGAACUGGGCAACGAUACAAAUGAUGAAGCACUGGGCUUUAGUAAGUUUUUAAACACAUUUAUGCGAUAUAUUCUAAGAGCCAUAGAAUGCAAGAAUAAAAUUAUUCGUUAUAGGGUUACACAAUUCAUUGCCAUCAUUAUGGAUAAUAUAACUGAAAUAGAUGAAGAAUUAUUUGAUAUUUUAUCUUGGUCCAUUUCGAAAAGGGUUACCGAUAAAGAGCCCAGCGUUAGAAUCCAAGCUAUUUUUUGCAUGACCAAGUUUCAAAACGAUGAAGAGGUUGAUAACAGUGACAAUGACAGUGAUAUUAACGCCAUUAAAACUUUAAUAAAGAUCCUAAGAAAUGACCCAGCACCUGAAGUACGUAGAGCUUCUAUGCUAAAUUUGAUACAAAAUAAUGAUACAGUUCCAUUUAUAUUAGAAAGGAUAAGAGAUGUAAAUGUUAUUAACAGAAGAUUAAUCUUUUCUAGAGUUUUGAAAAAUUUUGACGAUUUCACCAUGAUAAAUAGAAACAUUUUAGAAAAAUUGAUUACUUGGGGGAUGGAGGAUAGAGAAGAAAGUGUUCGUAGAGCCUGUUCUAAUUUGAUUUCACAUCAUUGGUUAAAUAAAGUGAAUGGCGAUAUUAUGAAACUUUUGAAAAAAUUGAAUGUGACAAAAUCGUCUAUCGCUAAUAAAGUUUUGAUGACUUUAUUUAGGAAUAGACACGAUAUUAUUGAAAAGAUAACAUUUCCUAAAGAGGUAUGGCAAAAUUUAACGCCCGAAGUCUCAUUUUUAUUAAAGGUAUUUUAUCAGUAUUGCUUAGAAAAUGAUUUACAAAGCGUUAUUGAAGAUAAUUUUUUUGAGUCUGCUGAAUUGGCCACCAUUAUAAAACUAUAUGCAAAUGGCGCUUUUGAAGAAAAGAAUGAGGAAGACCUCUUUAUCUUCCAACAGUUAUUGGAUGUAGCCUCAAAAUAUGACUAUAGCGAUGAAAUAGGUAGAAGAGAUAUGCUAAAUUUAGUUCGAAAUAUUUUGUUUACACAGAUAUUAGAUCAACAAACGACAAAAUUAUCUAUAAAUACUUUAAAGAAGUUAGCUAUUAAUGAAAAAGAUUUUAUAGCUAUCACCAUUGAUAUCAUCCAGGAUAUUCGAGAUGAACAGAUUGAAAACGGGGAGAUUUCUAAUACUGAUAACUUAAGCGAAGUAGAAGAGCUGGAAGAAAAUGGAAAAGAUAAUAAAACGGAUACCAACAUUAAAAAUAGUUUGAAUAAAAACGGCAUAAUUGGUGAUGACGUUAAAGAAACUGAAGAUGACUCUGUUGCCAUUGAAUCUUUUGCUUCGGCUGUUGAUGGAUACGUAAAUCAAUCUUUGGCUAAUUCUAGUCGUAUUUCUGAAAGUAAUGUUUCCCAAUCUUUAAUUGUUGAUGAUUUAGACGAAACUACAUUAGUAAGAUGUUUGAAUAUGUCAAGGUAUAUGUUAGAAAUUGUCGAAGAACCAGCUGAUAGUAUUACAAUGUCCUCAUUGAUUGAUACUUUGAUUACACCUGCGGUUCGCAAUACUGAUCCAGAUAUUAGAAACUUGGGAAUAAGGAACUUAGGUUUAUGCUGUUUAUUGGAUAUUGAAUUGGCUACAGAGAAUAUGUAUAUUCUAGGUAUGUGUGUUUCUAAGGGUAAUCCUACUCUAAAGAAAAUAGCACUGGAGGUCAUUGUGGAUAUCUUUUCCUUGUAUGGUACAAAGAUAGUCGAUGGUGAGGGAAAAGUUGAUUCUUUAUCUAUUCAUAAAAUAUUUUAUCGAGUGUUAAAAAAUGCUGAUCACCCUGAAUGUCAAUCAGUAGCGGCAGAAGGAUUAUGCAAGUUAUUUUUGUGUGAUACCUUUGUUGAUGACGAUCUAUUUGAAACAUUAAUUUUAUCUUAUUUUUCUCCAGCAAACCAGGACAACGAGCUUUUGAUUCAAGCCUUUGCAUUUUGUUUACCAGUAUAUUGUUAUUCCCAUAUUCAGCAUCAAGAGAAAAUGGCUAAGAUUGCGGCUGACGUGUUGUUUAGAUUGUCCAUGUUAUGGUCAGAUAUACAGUCUGGAGAAGAUAGUUCUUAUAGCAACGAUUCGAUGUUGAAACCAAGUAAAAUUUUACAGCAGUUGGUUGAUUGGGUAGACCCAUUUCGUGUUGUAAAGUUAUCUGAAGAGGAUGCUUUGAGAUCAAAUACUCAAUUGGAAUUUUUACAUGUGUUAUUGCAAAUAUUUGAAAGGUUUGAAAACAAAAACGUAAAAAAAAUGAUUUUAACUAGUUUGAAUAGAUUUAAGGUUUGUAAAGAAAAAGACUUAAAGUUAAUGAUGAAUAUACGAGAAUCUUUAGAAGAUAUUUUGGAAAACGAUCCCAUAGAUAAAGUUUGUAUUAAUUCCAUGAAUAAAUUUUUGACUGAUUUAUCUAAAUGUAUUGAAGAAAACGAUCAAUCAGUAGAGAACUCGUCCCAUACUAAUGAGGAGGAGGAGGAGGACGAGGAGGAGCAUGAGCAGGAGAAGAAAGAAGAAUAUAGUAAUUUGCAAGAGGAACAAACUACGGCGACUAAUAAGGAGUUUAAUAACAACAUUAAAGACAAUGCUAAUAUAUCUUUUAUUAUGAACUCAAAAAUUUCCGACCUUGGGGGAGUUGGAGAAGAAAAAGAAAAAGAAAAAGAAAAAGAAAAAGAAAAAGAAAAAGAAAAAGAAAAAGAAAAAGAAAAAGGCAAAUUUGAUGAUGAUUUGAUCAGCACAAAAGGUAUUAAAAGAAGAAGGGAAAGUAAUUCUGAUAGUGAGGGGGAAGAACAUUUUGAUGAUGCUAUUGAUAAGAAGGAGGAUAACUCUGAAAAUAAGGGACUAGUUAACCAAAAAUUGGAAGUUUCUGAUAGUGUUGAUUUCCGAAUUAAUGAUAGUGCAUUAUCCACAACUGAUUAUAAUGCUACAACUCCUUCUGGUUCAAACUUGAACCAUCAAAAAAAAAAUGUCAGUUUUGCUUUUCCAGAUGUGAGCUCAGAUGAGUUAUCUUCCGUUAGCUACGUAGAUAACAAUGACGAAAAUUAG